AGAAUUCCAAUGGCGGCCCCUACGCCGUUGGCCUUUGCCAAACUCUCUCUCUCUCUCUCUCUCUCUCUCUCUCUCUGUGGGAGUAUUAAUAAGGGGAGGGGGGGGGGGGGGGAGAGAGAGGACACAGCAUACUGAGAAGUAACAAGUGAGGGAAAGAAACAACAAAAGAAGAAAAUCAGAAAGGGAGGAGGGAGCUGGGAGGCCAGGUGAAAAGGCUGCUCCGCACUAAGCUAGGCGAAGGCCGUGUUUGGAUUGGGAGGAAAUUGAGGUAGGGGGAGAGUUAGCUCAUCGCUCAUCAGGUCGAUGAUGGAGGAGGUCCUCAUCUACUUGGUAGUGCUGGUGGUGGUGUUGAAGGCCGCACUGGUGCUGUGGUGGAAACCCAGAAAAAUCCAAGACCAUUUCUCCAAACAGGGAAUUAGAGGACCCCCAUAUCGCUUCUUCAUUGGGAAUGUGAAGGAGCUUGUGGGUUUGAUGCUCAAGGCCUCUUCCCAGCCCAUGCCCAAUUUCUCCCACAACAUUCUCCCAAGAGUUCUCUCCUUCUACCACCAUUGGAAGAAAAUCUAUGGUGCAACAUUCCUGGUGUGGUUCGGACCCACGUUUCGCCUCACCGUCUCCGAUCCCGACCUCAUUCGGGAAAUCUUCACCUCCAAAUCUGAAUUCUACGAGAAGAAAGAGGCUCACCCCAUUAUCAAGCAGCUUGAAGGUGAUGGACUGUUGAGCCUCAAAGGCCAAAAAUGGGCACACCACAGAAAAAUUAUCUCGCCCACCUUCCACAUGGAGAACCUCAAGUUGUCCAUACCGGCGGUGGCGAAGAGCGUGACGGAAAUGCUGGACAAGUGGUCGGAAAUGGCGGAUUCCGACGGGGAGGUGGAAAUUGAAGUCUCGGAGUGGUUCCAGACAUUGACGGAAGAUGUGAUUACGCGAACGGCGUUUGGGAGUAGCUACGAAGAUGGGAAAGUCAUUUUCCAAUUGCAGGCGCAGCAAAUGCAGCUCGCUAACGAAGCAUUCCGGAAAGUUUUAAUUAUUCCUGGAUAUCGAUUCCUACCCACCAGGAGAAAUAUGAAUUCUUGGAAACUGGAGAGGGAGAUAAAGAGAUCUCUGGAGGAGCUCAUCGGCCGGCGCCGGAAAGAGAACGGCGGAAACGGGAUCCCGGAGAAUGGGCCGAAGGAUUUGCUGGGGCUCAUGAUUCGAGCGAGUUCCGGGGAAAGGGGGGAAUCGAAUUCUUUUGCGCCGUCGCCGAGGAUUACAGUGCAGGACAUCGUGGAGGAGUGCAAGGGGUUCUUCUUCGCCGGGAAGCACACGACGUCGAAUUUGCUGACGUGGACGGCGGUUCUGCUGGCAAUGCACCCGCAGUGGCAGGUGGUGGCACGUGACGAGGUGAUGAGGGUGUGCGGAGCACGUGACGUGCCCACCAAAGAUGAUGUUUCCAAGCUUAAGAUGUUGAGCAUGAUCUUGAAUGAAUCCUUGCGUUUAUAUCCGCCCACGAUUGCAACGAUCAGGCGAGCUAAAAGUGACGUGGAGCUCGGGGGCUACAAGAUCCCUCGUGGGACCGAGCUUUUGAUUCCAAUCUUAGCCGUUCAUCACGAUCAGGCGAUAUGGGGAAGCGACGCGAACGAGUUCAAUCCCGCACGAUUCUCCGAGGGAGUGGCCCGUGCAACAAAGCAUUCCGUGGCGUUCAUUCCUUUUGGGCUUGGGGUCCGCAUGUGCAUCGGACAAAAUCUAGCGCUUCUCCAAGCUAAGCUUGCGCUCGCCAUCCUACUGAAGCGCUUCUCCUUCCGCCUCGCCCCGUCUUAUCAACACGCACCAACGGUGCUGAUGCUGCUAUACCCCCAGUAUGGUGCGCCCAUCAUCUUCCAAAGGUUGGCGGACCCCACAAGGCCCACGCAUUCUGAAGAUCAAGGGUCCUAAAUUGAUCUUUUGCAUCUGUGGGUAUGGAUGGCUAGUGUGCGAGCACAUAUAUGGUAGCGAGUGGCCAAAAUACAAGUUGGUAUAAGAAGAGUAUAGGAAAGUAGCUAGGAGAUUAUCAUGCAAGAAGUAAGAACAAUCUUUAUAUUCCUUUUUUACCCCCCUCAGACCCCUUCACGCUAUACUGACUCCCUGGCCCAUUCCUUUAACCGAAAUGUCCAGAUUACCCCUGGCAUUUAACUCCAGCACUUAAUCUCUCUCUCUCUGCUUUACAAUGUAUAUUUUCAAAAUGUCUACAGUUUUGAAAUAUCAUACCUUCGCCGGUGCCAAAUGCUUGUUUGUUAGUAGGUGGUGUUGUAGUUUUUUUGCUCUCUUUGAAGUAAUGCUACUUACUAAUGAUUUAAAUCUAAA